CUGGAGGAGGCUGCCAGGGUGAGCCUCAGGCAUGGCCUCCAAACCAGCUAAAAGAAAGGAAGUGCAUCGGAUCAACUCUGCCCACGGAUCAGAUAAAUCUAAAGACAAUGUGCCUCCGGGUUCUGUUGAACAGAAGAAGGGAAAGUUCCCGAUCUGGCCAGAGUGGAGUGAGGCGGACAUAAAUGCCGAGAAGUGGGAUGCAGGCAAAGGAGGGAAGGAGAAGGACAAGACCGCCAAGAGCCCCGUCUUUCACUUUUUUGAAGACCCUGAAGGAAAGAUUGAAUUACCACCAUCAUUGAAAGUCUUUACCUGGAAACGUCCGCAAGAUUUUAUAUUUAGCAGACCUCCUGUAGUUGUGAAAAAUGAAAUCACAUUUGACUUGUUUUCACCAAAUGAACAUUUACUCUGCAGUGAGCUUAUGAGAUGGAUUAUCAGUGAAAUCUAUGCAGUGUGGAAGAUAUUCAAUGGAGGGAUUCUGAACAAUUACUAUAAAGGAAAUUCGGGAGAGCUUCCUAGUCUUCUCUGGAAGCCCUGGGAACACAUAUAUUCUCUCUGCAAGGCUGUGAAGGGCCACAUGCCUUUGUUUAACGUAUAUGGGAAGUAUGUUGUGAAGCUCUACUGGAUGGGUUGCUGGAGGAAGAUAACUAUUGAUGACUUCUUUCCCUUUGAUGAGGAUAACAAUCUAUUGCUUCCAUCUACAACCUAUGCGUUUGAACUCUGGCCAAUGCUACUGUCUAAAGCUAUCAUUAAGCUGGCAAAUGUUGACAUCCAUAUGGCACAGAGGCGAGAGCUGGGAGAAUUCACCAUUAUGCAUGCACUUACCGGGUGGCUACCUGAAGUCAUUCCUCUUCAUCCAGGGUAUGUGGACAGAGUUUGGGAGCUCUUGAAGGAAAUAUUGCCUGAGUUUAAGCUCACAGAAGAUCCAAGUUCUGAAAGCAAAAUGACAGUGGUAGACAACAAACUGAAGGAACCUGGGAAAGAGAUAAAGGAUGGCAAGGAAGUGAAAGAUGGAAAGGAAGUGAAAGAUGUGAAGGAUUUCAAACCGGAAACUUCCCUUACAACCCUGAAGCCUCCAGACAAGACCGACAAAGCUGCAAAGGGUUCUUCAGCAAUACAGUCCCCUCAUAUGGUUGUAUAUGCUACCUUUACACCGCUCUAUUUGUUUGAAAACAAGAUCUUUACUUUGGAGAAGAUGGCAAAUUCUGCAGAGAAACUUAGGGAAUACGGGCUUUCCCACACCUGUAGCCACCCUGUGCUGGUGACCAGAAGUAGGUCUUGUCCCCUUGUGGCACCCCCCAAACCUCCUCCCUUACCUCCCUGGAAACUCAUUCGCCACAAAAAAGAAACGGUCAUAACAGAUGAAGCUCAAGAUGCUGUGCCAAAGAAACCUGAGCAGUUCCUUGAGAUUUCAAGUCCAUUUUUGAAUUAUAGAAUGACUCCAUUUACGAUUCCAACAGAAACGCAUUUUGUACGAUCUGUCGUUAAGAAAGGGACACCUCUGGGAUCCAGCCUUCCUCCCCUCGUGGAAAAUGAGUUAAGUGCAAGCACCAGCCAAGGCGAGAUGAGCGCAGUAACAGGAAACCAGUCUCAGGUUAAUGUUACAUUGCAAACUAUAUCUGGAAGAGAUGAGCAGGGAGAGCUGAUACUGGGGGACACCCACCCGCCUGAGGGGUUAGAUCGAGACUUGAUUAGCCUGACCACAGCGACACAGGACAAGUCACAGGAGGACUUGGGAACAAUAAAUGAAGGUGCUUCCAAAGAAAUGUGGUUAGAUUUUGAAGACUUUUGUGUGUGCUUUCACCACAUAUAUAUUUUCCACAAACCAAGUUCUUAUUGUCAUAAUUUUCAAAAAUCAGAAUUCAAGUUCUCAGAGGAACGUGUGCCCUACUAUCUGUUUGUGGACAGCCUGAAGCCUAUUGAACUGCUGGUUUGCUUUUCUGCUUUGGUGCGCUGGGGGGAAUCUGGAGCCUUGACAAAAGACAGUCCUCCUGUGGAACCUGGCCUCCUGACAGCCGAAGCAAUCACCUGGAAGUCUCUGAAGCCUCUCAGUGCAGUGUUGAGGAUCCACACCUAUGCCACGAAGGCUGCCAUGGUGCGCCUGCCUGUCGGGAGGCAUAUGCUACUCUUCAAUGCAUAUUCUCCAGUGGGACAUGCCAUACAUGUCUGCAGCAUGGUGGCAUUUGUCAUCGGAGAUGAAGAUGUUGUACUGCCCAACUUUGAGCCGGAGAGCUACCGAUUUACAGAACAGUCUCUAAUAAUUAUGAAAGCUAUUGGAAAUGUGAUUGCUAGUUUCAAAGACAAAGGUAAAUUGCCUGCAGCUCUGAGGGAUCUACAAGCAGCUCACUACCCUAUCCCCCUCUACAACAAAGAACUCACUGCUCAGCACUUCCGGAUUUUCCACAUAUCAUUGUGGCGUUUAAUGAAAAAGUCUCAAAUAGCCAAGGCCCCUCUAAACUUCAAAUUUGCAUUCCGGGCUCUGGUUUUAGACACGGAUGUACUGGAUACCAUCGUAGAUGAUUCCUCUUUAGCGGAAUGGGUAGACCUUAAAUACUGUAUGCCAAUAAAUGAGAAGGAGUAUUCUCCUGAGGAAAUAGCUGCUGCGGUGAAAAUUCAGUCAGUGUGGAAAGGGACCUAUGUCAGACUGCUCAUGAAAGCCAGAAUGCCAGAAACAAAGGAAAAUGCCAGCGUUGCAGAUGCACUUCAAAAAAUUUGGGCGGUAUUAGAGAUAAAUAUGGAGCAGUAUGCACUUUCUCUCCUAAGACUAAUGUUUAAAAGCAAGUGUAGGUCUAUGGAGUCUUACCCAUGCUAUCAAGAUGAAGAAACAAAAGUUGCCUUUGCUGACUACACGGUGAACUAUGCAGACCAGCCACCGAAUUCUUGGUUUAUAGUAUUCAGAGAAACAUUUUUGGUUCCUCAAGAUAUGAUCUUACUCCCCAAAGUAUACACUACACUCCCGGUCUGCAUGCUGCAUGUUGUUAACAAUGAUACAAUGGAGCAAGUGCCGAAGGUGUUUCAGAAAGUGGUGCCUUACCUUUACUCCAAGAACAAGAAGGGCUACACAUUUGUGGCUGAAGCAUAUACUGGGGACAACUACGUGUCAGGCGCACGGUGGAAACUGAGGCUCAUUGGCUCUUACAACCCACUUCCAUUUCUUUCCCGAGAUGUUCCAUGCAACAACUUCACCAUAAAGGAAAUCAGAGACUACUACAUUCCUAAUGACAGGAAAAUCAUGUUCAGGUACUCCGUCAAAGUGACCGUGGCACAGUGCAUCACAAUACAGGUCCGCACGUCCAAGCCUGACGCCUUCAUCAAGCUGCAGGUGCUGGAAAGUGAGGAGAUCAUGGCGAGCGCCACAGGCAAAGGGCAAGCCAUUAUCCCUGCCUUCUACUUCCUGGGGAGUGAACGAGCAUUGAGCUCCCAGUCUAGCAAGCAAAUCCUCUUAUCUCAUACUUCACCUAAGAAAGAACCAGAAGUGAUGACUAAGAAAAAAACCGGCCCACCGAGUCAGAAGUCCUUCAAGGGCAGACCUGGAAUGGUGGCAGCAGAGGCAGGUCUGCCUCUGCUGGAAGAAGAAGUUAUGAAUGUACCCCUUAUAGAAGAAAAUUGUAGCACACCACAACAGUGCUACAAGUAUAUCAUACAAUGCUUGGUAUUGUUUAACAGCUGGCCUCUUACUGAAACUCAGAUGACAUUUGUUCAAGCACUAAAAGACUUAGAGAAAAGUGAUAUCAAAGCACUCAGGAGGCAGAGACAAGCGGAUCUCGAGAAACAUGAAGAACUGAUUACCAUAGGAAGCCCAGAUUCCCAUGCUGUCAGUGAAGGGCAGAAAUCUGUAGGCACUUCCAAAACAACAAGGAAAGGCAAAGAGAAGUCUGCGGAGAAAGAGAAGUCAGCCAAGGAAAAGCAAGCUCCUCGCUUUGAACCUCAGCCAAUACCCACUGUUCACUCUCAGCAAGAAGAUCCAAACAAACCCUACUGGGUUUUGAGGCUGGUAUCUGAACACAGCGACUCAGACUAUGUUGACGUGAAAAAAGACACAGACCGAUCAGAUGAAAUACGAGCCAUGAAGCAAGCAUGGGAGACAACCGAGCCGGGGAGGGCCAUCAAGGCUUCACAGGCCCGUCUGAAGUACCUCAACAAGUUCAUUAAGAAGCCAGUUGAAAUCCCUAUCCAAGAGACUUUUUCUUCAAUCCAGAGCCAAAUUAAACCCUCAGACGAAGGAGAAGUAGCAGGGAGAGAUGCUUCAGGGAGAGAUGCUGCAGGGAAAGAUGCAGACAGCAAAGAAGUGCCACCAGCCUCAGCGGGGAAUGUACUGUGGAAGAAAUGGCAAAUGUCCAAGGGCAUCAGGGACCUGGCAAAAUCCACAAGCAGCGAGAGCAAAAUAUCUGUGGCAGGGAAGGAAGAGAAAGAGCCACCAAGUGUGCAGCCGAGUGUGCAGCUGAGUGUGCAGCCAAGUGUGCAGCCGAGUGUGCAGAAGGAGAACACUGUAGUAUCCCGUUCACGAUCUCAGACAGUUUUGGAAAUGUCACCACGACUCAUUCGAAAAGCACUAGAAUUUGUGGACUUCAGUCAUUAUGUACGGAAAACAAGUGAUGAACCUGUGCUGCAAACAGAGGAACUGAAUAAGCAGCAAGCCAUGCAGAAGGCGGAAGAAAUCCACCAGUUCCGACAGCACAGGUGUCGGAUCCUUAGCAUCAGAGACAUCGAUCAGGAAGAGCGAUUUAAGCUUAAGGAUGAGGUUCUAGACACGUAUGGGAAGAUGCGGGACUCUGUAGAUGAAUCCCGACAGAAGAUCCUUGAAGUCCGGGAAGAAUACAGAAGCAAGUUGCUGGAGGCGGAGCGCCUACGGCUGGAAGCUUUGGCAGCUCAGGAGGCUGCAAUAAAGGCAGAGACAGAGAAGAAGUCUCCAGUUUCCGACUCACAGAAGAAGAAGAAAGGCAAGAAGAAAUGACUGAGAGGCCCCGUGGCACCCU